AUGUCGUUCGGCAAAUUGUAUGGCUUCGCAGAGAAUGCGCGCACGAGGAUGUGCCUCAUUGCUGCAAAGUACUCUGGCGUAGAGCUCGAGCUCAUCCCCACCAACCCGUUCAAGGGGGAGUACCCAGAGGAGUUCAAAGCGCAAUCGCCUACCCUGAGAGCAGGUGGCCAUCUGCUCCUGCCUGGCUUUGAGAAGGAUGGCAACUUCUUCUUCGAGGUCACUGCAGUCGCGAGCUACAUCGCUGCUGCUUCUGGUGACAAGGCCAACCUGCUCGGCAAGACACUCGAAGAGAAGACUGUCGUCCGUCAAUGGGCUUCCUUCUUGAACUCUGAGCUGCUCACUAUGCUUGGCAACUGGUACAGACCCUACCUGAAGCUCGUUCCGUACAACAAAAAGGUAGCAGACGAUUCAGAAGCCGGCGCACGCCGAUGUCUCGACAUCGUCAACAAGGCGCUGCACAAGUCCACUUUCCUGGCAUCCGAGCGAAUCACGCUAGCAGAUGUCAUGCUUGCCGUCAUCAUCGCCCGUGCCAGCGAAGUCAUCCUCGACCCUAAGACUCGCGCCGAGUUCCCGAAUGUCUACCGUCACUUGCACACCCUCGCCAACCAGGACGUCCUCAAGGAAUUCUACCCCAGCCUGACCCUGCUCUCCGGCCCCGCACAGCUGCCCAAGGAGGACAAGCCAAAGAAGGAAAAGGCGCCUGCAGUUGCUGCAGUCAAGAAGGAGAAGGCGCCCAAGAAGGCCGCCAAGGAGGAAGAGGACGAGGACGAUGGUCCCCUCGCGCCACCUGAGCCAAAGGCGAAGCACCCUUGCGAAGCGCUCGGACCUGCAAAAUGCUUCCCCCUCGACGAGCUCAAGCGACAAUAUUCCAAUCUUGAAACACCCGAUGCGCUCAAAUGGUUCGAGGAACACUUUGACCCUCAGGAAUACUCGCUCUGGCAUGCAGUCUAUAAGUACCCCGAAGAGCUCACGCAAGUCUUCAUGUCGGCCAACUUGAUCGGUGGCUUCCACAACCGUCUCGAAGGCUCGCGCAAGUACUUGUUCGGCAAUGCCUCUGUCUACGGCGAAAACAACAAGAGCGCCAUCCAGGGUGUCUACCUCAUCCGUGGCGCGAAGCAUGAGGAUGUCUUCAACGUUGCGCCCGAUUGGGAGUCCUACGAUUUCAAGCCGCUCGACAUCAAGGCAGAUAAGGAUCUCAUCCACAAUGCCUGGAAGUGGGAGGGUGAGAUGGAUGGCAAGCCCAUCGCAGACUCGAAGACUUUCAAGUAA